CCAGCUUCUGCGGCGUUCGUGCUCAGUUUUUCCUGGAAAUCCCGUUAAAAUGAGCCAAGAUCCCAGGAGUAGUAUGCUUAUGCCGUUCUGGCGUUAGUGUUGGAGUGGCAGCUAUGGAAAGCUAUUGUUCACUUAGCUGCAUCUUCGGGGAAAAUGUGUGGUCUAUGACUGCCCUUCCACCUGUGGGAAGCUUACCUGCCUGCAGCUUGAAUGCGAGGUGUUGUUCGGUGUCAGCCUAGGAGGGGUUAUAAACACGACUCUGCCAAUUAGAAUGUGAAUUACGUCUUAGGAAAUAAAGAAAUGGAUGGGAUGGAUGAAACAUCUAAAAGAAUCCUAGAGCCAUACCAGUAUUUGCUUCAACUACCAGGUAAGCAAGUGAGAACCAAACUGUCACAGGCCUUUAAUCACUGGCUGAAUGUUCCAGAAGAUAAAAUACAGGUUAUCAUUGAAGUGACAGAGAUGUUGCACAAUGCAAGCCUACUUGUGGAUGAUAUUGAAGAUAACUCAAAGCUACGACGGGGCUUUCCAGUGGCACACAGUAUCUAUGGAAUUCCAUCUGUAAUCAACUGUGCUAAUUAUGUUUAUUUUCUUGGCUUAGAGAAGGUUUUAACCCUUGAUCAUCCAGAUGCUGUAAAAGUUUUUACCCGUCAACUUCUGGAACUCCAUAAAGGUCAAGGCUUGGAUAUUUACUGGAGGGAUACUUACACCUGUCCUACAGAAGCUGAGUAUAAAGCAAUGGUACUGCAAAAGACAGGUGGUCUCUUUGGAUUGGCUGUAGGCCUCAUGCAGCUGUUCUCAAACUAUAAAAAAGACUUAAAGCCCCUUCUUAACACCCUUGGUCUCUUCUUCCAGAUAAGAGAUGACUAUGCCAACUUGCACUCCAAAGAAUAUAGUGAGAACAAGAGUUUUUGUGAAGACUUAACUGAGGGCAAGUUCUCAUUCCCAACCAUUCAUGCAAUUUGGUCAAGACCUGAAAGUACUCAGGUGCAAAACAUUUUACGUCAAAGGACGGAGAACAUAGAUAUAAAAAAAUACUGUGUACAUUACCUUGAAAAUGUCGGUUCUUUUGAGUACACUCGGAAUACAUUGAAAGAGCUUGAAUCUGAAGCCUAUAAACAAAUUGAAUCGCUUGGGGGAAACCCUGAGCUUGUAGCACUAGUUCAGCAGCUGAGCAAAAUGUUCAAAGAAACUGAAAGUUAAAAAAUUAACUUCUGGGUGUGGAUCAAAACUUUUGAAAAUGGGAAAAUAACCAGAUGGAGAAGUGUGAUAAUCAGUUUGAUGUAAAACUUUCUCUUGUAGCCAUGUUACAGAAGUUACUGUUAAAAAUAACUUGUCAUUGAGUUUUGAAAUAUAUACCCUAUAAUCUCUAAAAGUCUUAAUUGUAAUUGCUUAGCUGGUUUUGUUAAAGCAGAUCCAUAAAGCAGAACCAUAACUAAAACUAGUUUUGAAUGUAAAUAUAAUAGUCUUUACACAAUCACAGGCAUUAUUUCAUACCUAAAACUCUUGUGCCCCUAACCAGGCUCCGAGAGUAUUCUGGUUGAAAUUCUGUGUUAAAUCAGGUUGACAUGUAUGUAUUGUCAUUUUAAACCAUGCUCUUGUAAACCAAAAUCUGUGUUAAAAAACAAAGGAAGGUACUUGCAACCACAAUGCACAUAAAAUUGUUGUGUGAUAUUUCUAAGUGUGACUUGGGAGUGGAGGCGGAUCAGUUUACUGUGUCCUAGGGUGAAUGUCCUAUCCAGCUUCUGUGGAUAUUUUCAGGGGAAUGUAAAUUAUGAAAGAUAUUAUUUCAUAUGCAAAUAAGACAUGCUCAGUCUGAAAUUGUGACUUCAUAAAGAUUUUGAAGUACCUUGGAGGAAAGACUUCAUCAUAUCAGCAGAGUAUAAAUUUGCUGCUGAUUCCAGCUCUGCAGUGAGUAAUUUUGGUCACCUGGUUUUAGAUUUUGAAAUUGUCAAACAUUCUGCAGCCAAAAACUUAAAUCUAUGCAUUAGAGUUCAUAUAUGUACCUGUAAAUAGCAACAUAAUGAGCUGCUAUUAGAAAUGGAAAGGGAUUCACACCAGGUAGCUUUAGGACACCACAAUUGGUGCAGGUCUCUUUAGUCUCUACUUGUAAUUGAGGGGCUUCUCCAAGACUUUAUUCAUAAUUCAUGUUUCAUUACUGUACUGAAUUGCUGUCUGGAGGCAUGUUCUAUAUCUCUUCAAAGAGACAAGAGCUGUCAUUUUUUUGUUAAAAUGAAGAACAGUAUCUUGUUUCACAAGUUACAAUAACACUUCAGUUUUGCUAAUUGCUUAAACAGAGCUUUAAAAUUAUAGACAUACCAAAAUAAAACUGGGACUGAGAGUAAGAUUUACAGGUGGGGCUGAUAAGUAACAAAGUUCUCUGCUCAUAUAUAUAUAUAUGUAUAUAUAUAUAUAAAUAUGUAGAAAAAUGUUAAUAAAAAGUUAGCAGAGGUGUUUAGUUUUUUUCUUGCCUGGGCUAGCUUUAAUCAGGUUCUGUUCCCUUGGUAUUCACAGGUAUAUUAAGUUAUGCUUUGGGGUAGCAAGGUAAUGGUUUGGAUCAAAGGUAAGACUGGUGCUAUAAGCUGUGGUGUUAGCUUAAGCAUACUCUGAAAUGGAUAUAGAGGUAGUUGGCUUCUGAUGUCUAAAGGAUAGUUUUAUGCAGGUGUUCAUUUACUGUACCUGAAAAACAGGGAUAGCUGUGAUCUCAGCCCACUGAGAAAACUAACUGGAGAAGGUUGCUGUAAUGUCUUCCCUGGGCAGCCUUAAUAUCUUUCUGAAAGUGAUCAAACAUGACAAAAUUGAGGAUGACUGCUUUCAGUCUGAAAUAUUAUGUAGUUAGGGAUGAUAGCCUAUCCCUUUUAUCUGCAUGCUGAGGAGAAAUCUUUGUCUGAUUAGACACAGAAUAAUAGGCUUUUCACUGAAUGGACCUGGUUGCCAGGACUGAACAGCUUAAAGUUGGUGAAAGGCAUCUUUAAUGUUAAUGAAAGAGAAUUGUAAUUCCAUUUUCAUAACUUGCAGUGCUUAGUAAGCCUGUAAAUUUUUAAUGUGUUGUGUGAAAAUUCUAUCUGCAGCAAAUUACAUUUAUUUUGUACCAUGUCUUGGGAGUUUCUAAGCACUGUUGCAUUUAAUGUUGAAUAGGGGAAAGCACUGAAAAGAUUAUUGUUGUCAGGAGAAUCUCCUAGUCUUACUGUGAAAUGUAUCCUUGUGCCUGUUAGGAUAUGGUAACUGCAACACAAUGCAAAGUGCACUUAGUGCCAUUUCAUUUCUGUUCUGUUGCUGGACGCAAACAGUUCUGUAUAAUCAAACUUUCAUAAUGAAGUAGCUUUUCUUACUCUUUUUAUGAAGUUUUUGUACCAUCUGAGAUUUCUGCUAUGUUGUCUCUCCUUUGUUUCAUUCUGGCAAUUUAGCCCAGUAUUUAUUCUAAUUCUAUAUCUUGUUAGCAUGUGCCUUCAUUAGGCGUAGGAACAUGGAUGUUUUCCAGUUUCAGACCAUUUAAGCUACAAAUGGGUAAGAAGGGAAAAGUUGGUCCAGUUUUCUUUUCCUGGGUUACAAGAGGCCAUGCAGCUCUGUCUUACAUUUCUGCCUUCAAGGUGUUUGAUGUCAGUAUUAAAAGCAUAUGCUGGAGGUAUGUCUGAGAAGACCCACCAUUAGAGCAUUGCUACUCUUCACUUUGGUUAGCAUAAACAGGAUUGUGAGAGCUUUUCUUGGUGUAUUUGGGAGUUGGAAGAGGCUGAGCUAUUUCCCCUUCAUCUGUUAAGGAUGCUCUGGUAGAGCAUCCUUAAGUACUAAAUGCCAGUAGUAAUGAUGUCCCUUAGUCAAGGUAGAUUUUAUAUUUGGUGCCAUAAGAUCAAUCUGUGCAUUUUCGUCAAUAUUCUCCAGUGUUAUCACUGGUACUGGCUCCUGAGGUUUAAGCAAUGUUAGGGAAAAACUCUUCUUUAAAGGAGCAUGUGAGUUCUUGUGACUGCAGAAUUAGUUGUGUAAAUGCCCCUCUCUGUUGCUAUGCCUCCCACAACACAGGGAGUAGGGAUUUUUCCUGAUCCUCAUCAGGAUCAAGUUGCAAGUGGAGAUGCCCAUGGGGAAACAAAGCGGAUGCUGGUUUCUAUGUCAGUCCCUUUGUGCCAGAAUCAUUCCCCUUAUGUCCCUACCAUUGCCAACAAGUUCUACUUUGAUCAGGUUAUUAGUGCAUUUGUUGGGAGUUUAGUUCUUGCAGUUCACAUUAAGAGAAAUGCAAAUACUCAUCAGUCUGGAGCAUUCCUCACUACCUCAGUCUGUUUUUUGAUUGUGUGCUUGCUUGCAUGUAAAUGAAUGCUGUCACCUGUCUUAGAGUAGCCAGCCAUUGGAUGGGACAUCUGCCUUGCUUUUGCAUAGGCUUAUGUUUCCCCAUCAAUUAUGAUGAAAAUUGCAUCAUUUAAAGACCUUCCUGAGGAGAUAGCUUUCUCCUCUCGUUUUGAACUCAGGUGAUUCAGGUACCCAGUCAGAGCAACUUUGUAUGUAUCAGCCAGUUGUUGAUACAAACAACAUAGGAAUGUUAAUGAGGAAGAAAUUGUUGGCAUUUCUUUAUGGUUCUGAUUUUUUGUUAAUUUUACUAAUCUGGCUGCAUGUGCUAUGGAAAUUUCCUAUAGUAAUGGCUGUUUUCCUCAGUUAGUAAAAUGCUAGCAAGGUAUAAAAAUGUGAGAUUUGUGAGGGGGUUUGCAUUUCUCAUGUAAAAUUGGUUUGAACUUCAAUAUGCCUUUAUCACUGAAUUGGGUCAGGCUUUUAUUCAUGUGCAAGAGCCAUAUGGGCAUCUGUUGCUCUUCUUUGUCCCAUCUUAAUCAUUUUAUAUUUCAGGUUUGGUAUUUACUAUGUUCUUUGUAUUAUUUGCUCAGUACUUUCACUGUAAUUCUUCUUUCAGCUAUAUUUCUAUUCUGCUGUUAAUACCAAGCACACAUAAUACCAUCAAACUCGGUUUUGAUCCUGUACAAACAUAAUAGUCUGAGUCUACUUUUGAAAUGUUGAAUCUUGGCUCAUCAUUCACCUUCAAAAAAGUAAUCCAAGAUUAAUCCAAGAUUUUCUGCAACCUCAAAAUGCCUGAAACUUUUUUUCCAGGAAGGUAACGCCUGUAACAUUUUAUAUAACCAUAAAUUAUUUUUGUCUCAUGUAGCUUGAGCUGCUUUCCUUGCCCUACCUGCUUGCUUUCAGGAUCCAUUUUGCUUUGGUGGUAAUGCCUGUUAGGUCUUUUUAUGAAUGGACUUAACUCACUAGCCCUGAGGGAGAGAAGUUAAUAUUUCUCCAGGUUAAUGAAUUAUCCCACUCAGCAAGAGCCUGAUGAAUGUCAGAGCUGGCAGGUGGACAAAGGCCAGGGAAAGGAUUUGAGAGAAUAAGAAAACUUUUUUUUCCUCCUGAGGCUGCCUCAUGUAAUUUCACCUUGUUUUACAGAAUUUACUUGACUUUGUUAGGAAAAGCUAGAGUGCAUGGUUAGUUUCUUAGUUUCUCUUCUUGCUUUCCAAAUAGACUGUGAGAGAUACUUAAGUUAAAAAUUAUUUAUUCUGAUAAUUAUUUAUGUAACUUGCAUAUAUCAACUGAAGUUUUUGAUUAAAGGUACAUAUAUAACAGAGUACAUUUGUUUCAUUAUGGUAUUUUUCUUUCUCUUAACAAUUUUUCUGUCCUUGAAGUCAGGGAAACAUAAUCUGCCAUGUGCCUAUUAGAGUUGAUUGCUACCUCACAUUAACAUCCUUCCUGAAUAAGUUUUAUCAUAGCUGAGCAUCAGUGUUCAACCUUUUCUGCAGUACUUACUUUGAAAUUGCUUCAGAGGCACCUUGUUGAGGUAUGGCUAGGAAUAAUCCAUGAAUCAUUAACUCACUUCAAGCAUAUAAUCUGCAAAACUUCUAAUAAAGAUGCAAGUUAAACCACAUUAACCCUGAUAGUGUUCCUCACCUGUGUACCCUGUGGAACAAGUAAGCUCUCAGUUAACCUCCUGAGAAAGUAUUUACCGAUCAUUUCUGUUUAGUACAGCAUAGAGAACCAUGGGAGAUACACCAAGAAGGCCUAAGAUGACACUUCCAGGGAAAACACUGCAAAACCUGACAUGAAUUUGUGUACGACUAAAUCUGAGGUGAAGGGAAAUCAUAGAUAAUUCUCUGCUUUUGAACUCCAGGAAAAUGCUCUACUCAUUGGUAUACAAAUUACAUGCUGAUGGUUAAGCAGCUGCAUCAUCUCUUGAGCACAGUAGGUCAUUUUCACUCUCUUCAUAAUGUUUCAGUUGCUGUUUCUAGAGCAUAUAGUGUGAGCUACUUAAUCACUCAGUAAUUACUGAAGUCUGUAAAAUGGCAAAUGCAUAUAAUUUGUUUAUGUAUUUUGAAAUACAUAAAAACUCUCCUAUUC